AUGUCAACCAGCCUGGAUCAAGCCUGCAAACCCGGCACUUUCUUUCCCUCCAUCGGAGGCGCUGACAUCCUCUCCUUGGAAGCGAUCCCGGUCACGGGCUACAAUGCCACCGUGACGGCUGGUUCCCGCUUCACAGCGCCCGACGUCGACCUCAUCAACGCAGAGUUCUGCAACGUGACAGUCCAGUACGUCCACACCAACGAGAGCGACCACGUCAUCAGCGUCGAAGCAUGGCUACCCCCUCACCGUGAUUGGAACCAGAGAUUCCUGGCGGUAGGUGGCGGUGGCUGGAACGCUGGUCGAUCCGACUUUGGACGUUUGGCCAUGAGCGGAGCGAUUGCCGACGGCUUUGCCACGAUUGUCACGGAUGCCGGGCUGGGAGAAGCCGCCGAUCCAAGUGAAUGGGCGCUCCUCCGCCCGGGCGAGGUCGACAUGGUCGCCUUUCGAAAUCAGGCAUACCAGUCUCUCGAAGACGAGGCACUGUUUGGCAAAGCACUGGUGCAAGACUUCUAUGGCACUGGCCCUUCUUUCUCCUACUUCAAUGGCUGCUCCCAGGGCGGUCGACAAGGUCUCCUCCUCGCACAACGCUACCCUGAUCUGUACGAUGGCAUCGCCGCGAUCGCGCCGGCAAUCCACUUUUCGGAGCUGCUACCGUACAUGGCGUGGGGCCAGCAGCUGAUGAAUGAGAUGAGGCAGUAUCCGCACUCAUGCGAGUUUGACGCCAUCACAGCCGCGGCACUCUCUGCCUGCGGCGAUCUCGACGGGGUCAGGGACGGCCUUCUCUCCAGGGUCGACGCGUGUCUCGCCACGUUUGAUCCCCAUUCCAUGGUCAACACACAUAUACCCUGCGCACAACUCGAACAAGGUCAAGUGGACAUCACCAAGGCGGCUGCUGGCUUGGUCGAGGAGGUUUGGCGGGGCAUGCCGAUCAUGCGCGACAAUCGGUCGAGCACAUACCCUGGUGUCUCCCCCGGUGCCAACCUCACAGGAUCCGAUGCGGUUCCCGUGUUGCUCGGUACGGACUGCGCAAGCGGUACCUGCUUUGGCCGCCUGGGUCCUCUGGCGGAAGGGUACAUCAAGUAUUUCCUCGCCAAGGACCCCGAAGCCAUCUUUGACACGAGCAUGACCAGAGAGGAGUUUCUGGACACGAUUGUAUCACGCAGUCGCGAGCAAUACGGGGCCCUUGUUGACGCAAGCGAUCCCGAUCUGACCCAAUUUCACGCCAGUGGCGGUAAGAUGGUCACAUGGCACGGCCUGAUGGAUCCCCUUAUCCCCCACCGCGCCACAGAGGACUACUACAACGCCGUCGCAGGGAUCUCACCCGACGUGCAGGAUUUCUACCGCUACUUUGAGGCCCCGGGUAUCGAACACUGCACCGGUGGGCCGAGCCAGGUUCCCACGAAGCUCUUCAAGCAGCUCCAGGCUUGGGUUGAGGAGGGGGUCGCCCCUGACGCGAGUGACGUGCAGAUCAAGGUUGGCUGUGCCACGCACAAGAGGAUACUUUGUGCCUAUCCCAAGGGGGCUGUGUAUCAAGAGGAUUGUGGAGAUCCCCUGAAAAUGGUUACAUCAUCUUCGUAA